CCGACCUCCUCUUUCGUAAACAAAAGUAGGAAGAGAAAGAGGAGAAGGCCUCUAAUUUUCUUCGUUAAUGGGGAUUUUACGCCGUUUUAUGAGAUAACUGUUGCAUGAUGUCGUCCUCCAACGAGAAGAGUCCCUCUCAGCUAGCAAUGGAGUCGGGAACAUCCACACUAACUUCUAAGAAUGUUAUCCCAGGAACCCCCACCCCGGAGAGACCUCCAAGUGUGGGGUCACCAGGUUCCCCAGUGUCUGACGACACCUGCCCCAUCUGCCUGGGCCAUAUCACAGACAAAUGUGUGGCUGACUCCUGCCUCCACAGUUUCUGCCUGGUGUGUCUCAAAGAGUGGGCUAAGCAGAAGGCUGUGUGUCCCCUGUGCAAGCUGACAUUCACCAAGAUAAUGCAUGAUAUAAAAUCAGAGACAGAGUACAAGGAGUGGAAAGUCCCACGGCCAGAUCCUGUUGCAGAUAGGAGUGCUGGGAUCCCAAAUUUCCAAGAAUAUCUGGAUGCUGAAAGGCGAAGAUUCUUUGGCUACCGCACAACCAAUUUCCCCGGAGCGGCCGCAAUCCGUCGGUUUCAUCCACAAAUAGUCAUUCCAGAUAUACUACCUUCUGGCCCUCGUGAGCGCAGGCCUACAAGGUACAAUCUGAGAGGAUCAUCCAUGUUCCGCCUAAGUGUCUACCUCAAUAAUGUCUGGGUUCAGCCAAUUGCAGACAUAACAGGUCGCUAUCGGCAGACCUCUCCUGAGCUUUACCGAGAGCAGCCAGCCCUGACUCACCGUUUGGUACCGUGGAUCAACAGGGAAAUGGCAGCUCUGCUGCCUUCCUCACGAAUAGGUGCUGUUCUAGCAGAGGUCAUGGAGCUCAUUGAAAGGCAUCCCAUCAAUUCUCGUGCAUUUAAAAGAGCGAUGCAGGUCCACUUAGGAAGGAGAACAAAUCACUUUAUCCAUGAAUUUUACCACUUUGCACGCUCACCAUAUGACAUGGUAGGCCAUGACAAUGCAUCACACUAUUUACCCCGUUAUGGGUUCAAUGAUGAUGAAAGUAGUAGCAGCAUCACUUCAGAUGACAGCGAUGCAGUGGUAGAAGUGGACCCAACAGGUAAUCCUAUUAAUGCUAGCUCUAGCAGAGACUCUAAUCAAGGACCUUCUGCGUCUGGAAAUGUAAUAAGGGAAGAAACUCUAACACAGGAAGGGUCUGUAGUAAUCAGCAGUGAAGAUAGUACAAGUAGUGACUCGGAGGAUGAUACAAGAACAGCAUCAUCUGCUCUGAAUUUAAGUAUACACAAUCCAGAGCCUCCAGGGAGCCGAGUGACUGAUGUUAGCCGUCUACUUGGCAGAGCCAGGGAAUUCCUCUCCACCAUAAAUGAGGGAGCAUCAACCUCAAGAUCAGAAGGACCGGCAAGUAGCAGCACCCAAAGUAUAAGUAAGAAUCUGAAGAAGGAAGCCUGUGACAGUGACGACUCAGAUGCAUGCAUCAUCCUUGAUGAAAUUCCUCCCAAGAAGGACAGAACUCCAGAGAUAAUUAAUCUUGAUUCAGAAGAUGAUGAUGAACCAUCUUCUUCAAGGAAGGAGAGUCAUUGGAAGAAGAAGUUGAGUGAGGAAUUCAAGUCAUCCCACAGGAAACGAUCAAGUAAAAAGAAGCCGCAUCUCAAAAGAGAUAACUUUUCUCUACCCCCAGGUGAAGGAGAAGAUGAAGGGCCAUCGAGUAGCAAGUCAGCAAAACAGGACCACAGUUACUGCACUGAAGACAAUUUUCAUAAUUGUGAACCAUCGAGUUCUAAUUCAAGGCCCAGAUGUGCUGGCUCAUCCAGUAACAGGAUCAAAGGAAGUACCAAAAGGUGUGAUAAUGGCCAAAACUCCAGAGGGAGAAAUCACAUACACUUGAACAAUGUGACACUUAUAUAUUCUGAUGAUGAAGAAAAUUUAGUCAGGACACACAGGCAAAAGUACAAAAGCAAACAUAAAGAAAAAUAUAAGCAAAAAAGCAAUCACUAUGAAAGAUCUUCAAGUUACAAUUCUGAAGCCAACUUUUACAGGUCUGGCUCUCCUUCCAGAGAAAGAAUUCCAGCACUAAAACGUGUGAAAAAGGACCACAGAUCCAAGGUCAAGGGCUCCUCUAGAUCAAUCCUGGGAACAGCGGAUUCACACAAUUCCCCACACAGCAACUACAGGAUCAGCAGUUCCUCAAGUCCAUCGGAAUCCAGGGAAAGGUCGGAUUGCACUUGGUCUCCCACCUCAAGCGGGACAGCACAGUGCUCUUCGCAGAGAGACCAGUCAUGGGACAAUGCACUCAGCCGAGACUCCUCCUAUGACUCAAGGGAUUCAUGUUACAGGGACUGGAGAAGUGACAAGCAUGCACCAAAAUCAUCAAAGAAGUCAUCAUCCAAGAAGAAGAAGAGAAGUAAACACAAGCACAAAUAUGAGAAGGCAAAGAAGUCCAAGAAAUGUAAAAGGAAGAAGAAGGUCAAAUCCAAGAAAAGCUUAUGCAGCCACACAUCAUCUGAAUCAGAAUCAGACAGCUCUGACGUAAGAACCAAGAAACCAGCAAGACCGAAGAGAAGCCGAAUCCAAGAGAGCCCUUCCUCGGAGACUGACUCCUCAUUGCACAGAAGCAGGAGGAAGUCGAGAAAAAUCUCAAGUUCAGACUCCUCUUCCUCAUCUUCCUCGGCAUGGGAAAUGUGAUUUUUUUUUUCUUGAGCAGAUUCCUUUCUUAACAGUCUGACAUCGUUCUUAUAACCAUGAGAAAUGAUAUGGAUUUUAUUUUUGAAAAUACUCUUAUAUGAAAUAUGGAUGGAUGAAUUUAAUGCAAGCGCAUGGAAGAGAGAAACAUGAACUUGAGAUUUUGAUUUUCUUUUAAUCUAUUCCAUUUUGCAGCUAGAGAAAUAUAUAUUUUCCACAUUUUCCAUCCUGCAAAUAGUACAUCAAAUUUUAAAAAGAUUUUGCUUGCAUGAAAACAAUGUGUCAUUGAGGGCAGGACUUUUGGAAUCCAAACCAAUAUUCCAAAAUCUUUUGUGUAAAAAUAUAUAGCUGUAGAAUGUUUAUUUGUACAUCUUAUAUUUUACUUACUAUAAUAAAAUAUAUUUGUCAUUUAGCAGCGUAUUGAAGACUAUACAAUAUUGUUCUUGAAGAAUAAAGGAAUUAAAAAUUAA